AUGAGACUACCAAAGUUACCAAAGAAAGCUGAAUCCAAAAAGGUUGCGGCACCAACAACUUCUAUUGAAUUCUUAGAACAAGGUUCAGUAGAUGAAGAAUCCGGGGAUAGAUGGUUAGGUUCAGAUCUUGCCAAAAGUUUACGAUUCUUUGACAAGGCAUUUGUCAAUUAUGUCAAAGCUGCUCAAUUAGAUAGUACUUUAAGUGACGCAUAUUACAAUUCUGCUAGAUUAUUAUUGCAUGUUUAUCAAAUUGUGAAGAAAGUACCACAUAAUCAUGAUGUAUUUACCGAAAAUGGUCCAUUAUCAGUGGUUCAAACCAUUGAUCAGAUUAUUAGUGUUUAUGAAGAAGCUUUGAAUGUUUGUAGACAACUGGGAGGAAUUCUGAAUGAUUUAUUGUAUAAUUAUGCAAUUGUAUACCUUGAGUGGUUAGAGUUGCAACUGGAAAACGAAAAUGUCGAUUUUGGAAGAUUGGUCGAAGUUUACAAGAUGAUACUGGAAGUGUUUCAGAAGUUAUUGGUCCAACAAACCGAAGAUCUACAAAAGUUUGUGCAAGAUUUGGCAAGUAUUGAUAGUGAAUCUGGAAGUAUCAAUACUAAUAAUUCUAGUAAUAAUAUCAACAACAACAACAACAACAACAAUGAGACAACGCAGGAAGAGUUAGUGAGUGAAGAAGUGAUUCAACCUACUGAUUUGUUUGAAACCUUAUUGUCUUCAUACAAGUUGGUUCAAUAUAUGUAUGAGAAUGCUACUUCAAAUAGUAUUAUUCCUUCCAUUAAUACAUUAGUUGCACCUUUGCUUGAGUUGAAUGAUCAAAUUUCCCAAUUGUUGAUUGAAAAAUUUAGUGAAAUGACACAUGUGACAGAUAUGGUUAGUAACAUCAGCAUGCAUGAUAUCAACGAAUUGAAGUUGAUUAAAUUAACCAUUGUUGCAUUAACAGAAACAGAUAUAAUGGAAGUGGUGGAGUUGUGGAGAAAUGAUGAAGAAAUAUCUGCGGAUGUACCUGAGAAAUUCAUGGUUGCAUCUGAUAAUUUACAAAGUUUAUUGGAUAGAAAUGAUAUAAACUUGGAAACUAUAAACGGUGAUAGUUCUGAAGUCAACAAGGAAAAUUUUUGGAAGAUUUUGACAUUCCAAAACAGUUUGUUGAAGAAAGCACAAGAAUUGGUUAAUAAUAAAAUGCAAGAACAAAAGAAGAAUAAUUUACAACUGGAAGAUUUAGGAAGUUUGAUUGCUCAAUUAAGUGAGAUUAUAAUUGCUAGAGCCGAUAUAGAAUUACAAAGAAGUACAAUGAAAGACUACCCACCUUCUGUGGAUAACAACGAGAUUUUAUUUAAUAAUGCUAAAAAUUUGUUGCGAAAUGCUAUGAAUAUUUCUAACCUAAAUGGUGGUUUGAGAGAAAGAAUGGUUGAGAAGAUAGCACGUGAACAAGCUAAAUUAGAAUCUGUAUUUAGAUUAUGUUUAUUGGAAGAUAAGAAAACCGUUGAUGACUUGGAUAGAAUAAUGACAAGAAAGAGAUGGACUGAAGAGUUACCUAACUUGAAGAAGUUAGGUAUUUAUGAUAAUUUUGGAAUCAAUGACAUUAAAUUAUAG